AUGUCUGGGGUGCCGCCUGCAGGACCUUUGGAGCAGGCUUUCGGGGCCUACUUGGGUCCCCCAGCAUCGGCUCCCCAGGGGGACCUGCUGUUUCUGUUGGACAGCUCGGCCAGCGUGUCUCAUUAUGAGUUUUCCCGAGUUCGGGAGUUUUUGGGGCAGCUGGUGGCCCCACUGCCCCUGGGCCCUGGGGCUCUGCGUGCCAGCCUGGUGCAUGUGGGCAGCCGCCCAUACACUGAGUUCCCCUUCGGCCAGCACAGCUCAGGUGCGGCUGUCCAGGAUGCCAUACGUGCCGCAGCCCAGCGCAUGGGCGACACCAACACUGGCCUGGCGCUGGCUUACGCCAAGGAGCAGCUGUUUGCCGAGGUGGCAGGGGCCCGGCCGGGGGUGCCCAAGGUGCUGGUGUGGGUGACAGAUGGCGGCUCCAGCGACCCCGUGGGGCCCCCCAUGCAGGAGCUGAAGGACCUGGGUGUUACCGUCUUCAUCGUCAGUACCGGUCGUGGCAACCUCCUGGAGCUGUCAGCUGCUGCCUCGGCCCCCGCAGAGGAUCACCUGCACUUCGUGGACGUGGACGACCUGCACAUCAUUGCCCAGGAGCUGAGGGGGUCCAUCCUUGACGCCAUGCAGCCACAGCAGCUCCGUGCCUCUGAGGUCACGUCCAGCAGCUUCCGCCUGGCCUGGCCGCCCCUGCUGACCGCAGACUCCGGCUACUACGUGUUGGAGCUGGCGCCCAGCGCCGAGCCGGGGAACGUGCGUCGCCAGCAGCUGCCGGGGAACGCCACGGGCUGGGCCUGGGUCAGCCUCGACCCCGACACGGACUACGACGUGGAGCUGGUGCCCGAGUCCAACGUGCACCUCGUGAGGCCGCAGUACCUGCGGGUGCACACGCUGCCGGGACCUUUCCCCCACGGCCGCUCCCUCCAUCCGGGGCUCACCGCCGCGUCGUCCACACCCGCGUACCAAGGACCCCAGGGCUCCGCGGCACCUGCCUCUCCGCCCCGGCUCUGA